UAAUUUCUACUGAUUUUUUUUUUUAAAAUUCUUUCCUGAACUUCCAGAAAGAUUUUACAGUCAGUUACUUUCGGCCAAAACGGUUGAAAAGACCAUUUUCCAUUUGGGUUUUUACUCUCAGAUCUAAGGUGUGCAUUUAAAGAAAUUCCUCAAACACCCCUCCAUUUUUCUUACCUUUUCUGACAAACCCAUCUCCCACUUCUUUCUCAUCUCAUUGUUUGUACUGUUUUGCAGUCUUCUUUAUCUUUCUGUAUUCAGCUUUCAUUUGGGUUUUUGAUUAAUCAGCAUGAAUGCAUAAGAUUUUUCUUUUCUUCCAAAUCAGUUUCCCUUUUCAGUAGUUUCUCUACCUUUUUUGCUGCCGUUAUUGUUGUUUUUUUAUAUUUGGAUUAUCCAGUGUUUUUGCACUUCAACAAGUCAGGGGUAUUCUUUCUUUUCUUCUUCAUUUAUAGAGUUUGUUUGGAUCUGACUGAGAUUCUUCCUGACAGGCACUUUCCUUUUUUCUUCUCCUUCUUCUAAUUGAGAAUUUCAUUUGGGUUUUUCCAUCUGAUUUCUGAUAUCCUGAUUUGGGUUUCUCUUGUUUGUCUAAUUAACAUCUCCUUAACAUUUUCCAGGUCAUAACUAGGUUUCCUUAUCUGGGAUCUCUUAAUUUUGUUCUCUAAUUCAGCAAUUCGUGUAGAUUUUCCUCGCAAGAUCUGGUUUUCCUGAACUGGGUUUUCUCAGAUUUUAUUUUCUCUUUUUAAUGAUUUAUAGGAUUUUGUCAGGAUUUUAUCCUUGACGGGGUUGGUGAUGUCUUAUAGUUCAGACCCACCUGCUUGUUGCUCAACAGCUUCACCUGAGUUGAAACUGUACCAAGCCUUUAUAUUUUCAGUCCCCAUUUUCUUCACCUUCAUCCUCUUGCUGUUGUUUUACUUGUUCUACCUGCGGCGACAGAGGGUGGAUUGGUCCUCGUUGCGGAUGAGGAGUUCAUACCAAGGCAGGGGACUCACUUCUCGACCAUCCAAUUCGGGUUUAAAGAAAGAGCUUCGGGAAAUGCUUCCGAUAGUGGUGUUCAAAGAGAGCUUCUUGAUCAGAGAAACGCAAUGUUCGGUUUGCUUAGGGGACUACAAAGCCAAUGACAAGCUUCAACAGAUACCAGCAUGCGGGCACACCUUCCACAUGGAUUGCAUCGACCUUUGGCUCGCCAACAACACCACCUGUCCUCUCUGCCGGCUCUCGCUUCUCCCAGCCACCAAAGCGGCCUCGGAUCCUCCAAGCGAUAUUCCAGUAGCCCAAACCAUUCAAAUUCAACCCGAUGAACCAUCUUCGGAGAGCAGUGCAGAUGGAGUUGUUCAAAGAGCUGAGGCUGAAGAAUGCCUCUCUAAUGAGGUUAGUUCUGUUGUGAUUGAUGUUGAAACACAUGUGCAAUGUUAGCUAGAAUGUUGUUGUAACAUAGUUUCUAGAGGAUCUCAUGUUCAUCUGGUCAGUCUGCGAUUUUCAUGUCUAUGCAUGCAUGCAUUUGGAAUGUGUGCAUGCAUGCUUGUAUAUAAUGUGUAUGUAUAUUAUGCAUACGUGUCUUACAUAGCAUGUUAAUUUUUUUGA